UUAUAAAACAUGUACACACUCAACCUCACAACUACUAAAUGUUUAGCUCCCAUUCUCUCUCUCUUCUCUUUCUCUCUAGAACAGAGUGGAUGGCAGCUAAAUCAAAGAGCGUUGUGGCCAUCGGGAAGCACAUGCUCAACGGUGUUCGUUCAGGCCCCUUGGCACCUGGGGGUCUCCUCGCUUCUCGGAAAGAUCACACAUCGGCGUAUGAUAAGAACGUAGAGGAAGAAUUGCAAUCGAGUAAAGUGCCUGAUGACUUGAUAAAUCCCGACUCUCACAAAUAUUGGUCUCCUCAUCCUCAAACAGGUGUCUUUGGACCUUCCCCGUCCUCCACGACAGAUGAGACUAGCUGCAGUAAAGAGGACUCAGUGAUGAUGGAGAAAGCUUGGUUCCGUCCAACAAGUCUCGAGGAUUUAGACAAGACUCACCAUUCAUAGCAAAAAAAAAGAAAAGAAAAGAAAAAGAGGUUCUUCCUAUAUAUGCGUUAAAAACAAAAAUUCGAAAUGUUAAAAUAGAUUGAAGUACAACUGUUCGUGUUAUAUUAUGUGUCCGAAAGAACAAAUUUCUGGACCUCUGGUAGUCUGGUGUUCAUGUUGUUGUAUAAGUGUGAGUUAAUGCUUUUGGUUUGCUUUU